AUGACCAAGAAAAAAGUCAGCCACAAAGUAGGUAGUAGCUUGGCUAGGAUAAGGUUGUGUACGCCCCCGGAAUCUCAGGACGGGCUACUGCUGCACCCAGCGCGGCCCCCCAGCCACUGCAGCCUCUGCAAGCCACAGUCCUUGAUUGAUUCACAGCGCCCACUACUCCGAGACUUGGGCGCCGCCAACACGCCGAACGCGGGUGGCGCCACUCUGGCAGGAAUCCACACUUCCUUCUGUCGCCUCGCCAGCUGCGAGCCGCCAGCUGCCACACACGGGCACCUGCGAGGUUUGGUCUGUCCACUGCACACUGCAGGGGCCGGCUUGGUUGCUUGGCUUGCAUCGUUUUAUCCGCGCGAGCGCGCGCUCUUGAUUGCCGGCACAACCACAUGGCGUGACGUGACGUGCAUCAUUCAACUACACUACUACACUCACCAAAGUGAAUAG